UUGAUCGGGCUCGGCAUCCAUUUUCUCUUUAUUUCUACAUCCGGAGUAAAAGCACUCGGCGUCAACACUGUGAACACAUUGUUUUGCCGAUCGUUAAAGCUUUACACUGCAAAAGAUCCAUACAAAUGAUGAGGAACAUGAGAGGACGAGGGGGACCAAUGAGGGGAGGAAUGAUGAGACCGAUGUCCCCUAUGGGAGGCCCCUUUAAACCUGGACCUCCGUUCCGGGCCUUCAUUCCUCACAUACCAUUUGAUUUGGUUCAGUGUGAAUCAACAUUUCCAAGGACCAAACCCACUCCUGAUGAGAAAGUUUUUACAGAUUGUCUACUAAAGAGGAACAAUGACCUGACCCCCUCGUCACAGGAGCAGGCCUCAAUCCUGGCCCUGGUCACCAAAAUACAGGGAGUGAUGGACAGUCUGGUGCUGGCUCCCACCUCCUUUGAUCCCGCACAAAUAGAGGAGGUGAGACAGGUUGGGUCGUUUAAGAAAGGCACCAUGAUGGCGGGAAACAAUGUAGCUGAUAUCGUAGUCAUGCUGAAAACUCUACCCACAAAGGAGGCUGUAGCAGUUCUGGGAAAUAAGAUUGUAGAGGAUCUCCGGACACAGGACCCUGACGAAGUGUUAACUAUGCUGACCAAUGACACAGGAUUUGAGAUCAGUUCAUCAGACGCCACAGUUAAAUGUCUGAUCACCACUAUCCCGCCUAACCUGAAGAAACUAGACCCAGAGUUACACUUGGAUGGGAAGGUCAUGCAGAGUCACCUGGCAGGAAUCCGUCAUGCUCGCUGGUUUGAGGAGAAUGCAUUCCAUUCAAGUAUCAAAGUCCUGAUUCGAUUAAUGAGAGAUCUUAAGAAUAGAUUUAAAGGAUUUGAACCUCUGACCUCAUGGAUCAUUGAUCUGUUGUCUCACUAUGCUAUCAUGAACAAUCCCACAAGACAGCCCCUUCCCAUCAAUGUAGCUUUCAAGAGAUGUCUACAGUUGCUGGCUGCGGGAUUUUUCCUGCCGGGAUCGGUCGGGAUCACGGAUCCCUGUGAACAAGGAACAGUUCGAGUCCACACAGUGAUGACUCUGGAACAACAGGAUAUGGUGUGCUUCACAGCUCAGACUUUACUUCGAGUGUUAACACAUGGAGGAUUUAAACAGAUCUUAGGCAUGGAAGGAAAUUCUAGUAUAGCGACAGAGAUGAGUGUGUGGGAGGGGGUGGUUGUGACGCCGUCAGACAAGGCGUACGAGAAACCCGAAAAACGGGAGGGAGAGGAAGACGAUGAAGAUGGUGACAUGGAAACGCAAUGAUCACCAUGAAAACACCAUGUUCUACAUGAUGGUCCAAGAGCAAUAGAAUUUGUGCGGCAGUGACAGAAUUGUGGCUGAUGUUUCACUUACAAAAGUGGUUAAAGCCAGUGGAUCAUUAGUGUGUUAUACAUUGUUCUGUUGAAACUGAGAGUUCGAAAGGACAGAACCAAAGGAAUAAACAAAUGGACAUGUUAAUUUAGAGGAGAGAGAGUGUGUGUGAGAGAGAGAGAGAGAGACUAUUGAUUAAAUGCCAUAUUUGUAUGUUUUACUUUGUUUUCAUCUUAUAUUGUGACUGUAUUGUUUAGUAGUAUGUUGUUGAAAUUUCAAUUUUAGAAGGAAAUUGAAAAUUCAUUCUCUUAGCUUAUUAUUACGAAAUAGAAUUUUUUAUCUUUUCUUUAUGACUUGAAUGUUAUUCAUGCAUUUGUGGGAUAUUGCAAGAGCAAGGCAGCAAAUAUGUAUGUAGAAAUCCUAUUAAAAUAUAACAGAAAAUACAAUGUAUACUAAGAUCAAUUAUGUAGUGAGUUUAUUA